AUGCGGUUUAUUUGGAACAAGCUUUUCUGCAAAGGAUCGCAUAUGCUGCAGUGUCUUUGUGGCAGGAGCCUCAAGAAGAACAAGAACCCAACUGAACCGCAGCUGAAGGGCAUCGUGACCAGGUUGUUCUGCAGGCAGGGCUUUUAUCUCCAGAUGGGCCAGGAUGGAAGUCUGGAUGGGACCAAAGAUGACAGCACCAACUCCUCUCUGUUUAACCUAAUUCCUGUGGGUCUGAGAGUCGUGGCCAUCCAGUCGGUCAAGACUGGCCUCUACAUCGCCAUGAACGGAGAGGGUCAUCUCUACUCCUCGGAACUGUUUACAGCUGAGUGCAAGUUUAAAGAGUCUGUGUUUGAGAACUACUACGUGAUCUACAGCUCGAUGCUCUACAGACAGAAGGAGUCAGGCCGGGCCUGGUUUCUGGGCCUCAAUAAAGAGGGACAGAUUAUGAAAGGCAACAGGGUCAAGAAGACCAAACCAGCUGCUCACUUCCUGCCUAAACCCAUAGAAGUUGCAAUGUACCGAGAGCCAUCGUUACAUGAUGUAGGAGAGGCGGUGCCUAAACUCGCAGGGGGCCCGCCUUCCAAAAGCACAACCUGUGAGCCCGUGGUCAUGAAUGGGGGAAAACCCGUCAGUAAACCCAGCAAGGAGGAGACAUAACCUCACACGACAUUUCAGUCCCACCCUUUGGCCGACUGGAGGCUAGGAAAAGCCACAGACAAAAAAAAAAAAGAACUGCAACAAAAGGUAAUAAAGCAGAGAUGAGCUCUAACUGGACUGUUGUGGGGCUGAAAGUCUCACCUUGCCUCCCCCUCCUGGACAGUAUUGUGGAGCAGCACCGGAGGGACUGCAAUACAGGAAACGAUUUGCCAGACAUAUCUUUCUGAACUGGGACACUGGCGUAUGUUCUCACACGAGUCAGGAGGACAAACACAAACCUGAAAAAAAACGCCAUUCUCACUUUUCUUUUUCCACCCCGUCUUCUAGCGUUUCCAGGUACGCUCGCUGGCUGGAGGCCGCGGACACACAUUAACACCAACUCCACUCGAAAUCGACCGCUUGGAGUCGAUCUUUAAGUACAUUAAAAGCAUCAGCAAACAGGGCGUUCUAAAUACCAAACACUGAUGAUUCAGAGAAAGCUUAGUCAUCAACCAAUUAACAUUUGGAACCGAAUGUUCUCCAUGAAAAUUACAACAAAGUGCACGGGGAAAUCUCACCUCUCCCUUAUUAUUGUUAUUAUUAUUUAUCUCUCGCUGUUCGUCCCAUAAAAAUAAACCGCAGUCCCACAACUUUCACAACACGAACACGAGCCUAGAGGUCAGCCAACAAGAGCAGUUCCCACAUAUUCCCAACUUGUAGCAACGAGGAGAGCAUCUGAGGGUUCCCGGAGUCUGAGCAGCACGGUAGCAGUGUUCUCACAGAGUAGCAGACCUUAUGAGACGAGGAGCUUUUAUACUUGAAAACUAACGAAGGAAUCAGGGUAUUAUUGCGCGAAGGUCAACGCCAGUGACGACCGGUUGCUGUGAGUUAGAGCCUGUGUAAUUGGGACUUUUAAAAAUUCACAAUUAUUCACGCAAUCUUCUCACAUUUUUCCAAUAUUCCCAUCGUUAACCAAAGGUUCAACGGU